AUGGUCAACGCAUCCGGACGAGUACUCAAGGUUUCGUUAAUCCUUGUGAUAAGCGUACAAUAUUACAGCUUCCACAACCCUUGCAACACUUCGCCCAAGAACAAGGAGACCGCCGUAUUCCACAAAGAAAUCAGACGGCCAAGAUCUGGUCCGGCUUUUACUCCGCCGCAACGCUCCUUUUCUCGGAGCACCACCAUGCGGCCAAUUGUAUGGUCUACGACGUUAAGGCCCAUGACAAGACGUCCUCGACCUACCGUUACUAAAACAUGGUCAUAUUAUUCAACUACACCCGCUUCAAUCGAAAUCCCCUCAGUUCGGUCGGGAAGUGGUAGUGCUAGUCUGAGCGAGGAACAUGUACCUACAGUUGGAUAUCGGAAAGGGACCACGACAAUGGCGCCGGACUUGUUUGGUAAUAGUAUUGAUGAGGAUUAUCAAAAUGAAGAAAUGGGAGCGAGCUGGGAGCUUUCGAAACAGGGAUCAAUGGAAAGUAAGAGUGGUGCUGAUGAAAAGUCAACCGAAUCGCGAAGCGGACUGUCAAUGGCUGAUCGCGAAUUCUUACAGGAAUUAAUGGAAAUGGUCCGCUCGCAAAAGACUGCCGAAGAAAAGGCCCUCAAGAUCGAAAAGGAGCGGCAGCGACAGAUCCUUGAAAAAAUGGUGCUAAGCCGGCCGCUGGUAAUCCCGCCGAGGAAUUCCGAGGAAAUGCUCCCUAGGAUUAUCCCAAAUACCGGUUGGACGCACGUACCGGAAGAAGAGGUCGAAGUCGUCACCCAAGGCGGCCAUAUACAAACCACCAAAUCUUCCGAAGAACCCUACACAAAAGUCCAUCCUUAUCCAAACAACAUUCCGGAACCACUUCGACCCAUUUAUCCAGGAUUUUCCACACCUGAUAUCAUACGAUUUACCACACAACCCCCGCUUGACAUCAUCCGGUUCACCCCAUCACCCAGCAAAGAAAAAGUGGACAAAUCGGAAUGGGUGACGUCAUCGAAUAGCUGGAAGCCGCCGCCUAAUUUUGGGGCUGAGACUACGGAAGCGCCAGCUGAAUUGACAUUGAUGACAGGAUGUAUUAUCGGUACCUCGUGUCCAUUGUUAGGAGAUUCUGAAUUGCUUUGCGAGCAUCCACGCCAACCAUCUCUUUAUCUACAAUGUGUCCCAACGUCCUUCCGAGGCGGGAUUUGGGCGGAGCGAUCUUGUCCAGAUACCCUCGUUUUUAUCGGGGAUCGAUGCGAUAAGCAAGAAGUUCGGGCUGCCCUCCUAGCUGCUGGUCAACCAGUUAUUGCUGUAUCAGAGCCUCCAUCUGGCACUCCUACGACAACUCCACAACCCUUCACAUUCCUCCCCGCCACUACACCACGCAUCAUAACGAACAUCCCGAAUUCAUUUGUGGAAAGCAACGACCUGGAUCACGCUGAUUAUCUACAAUGGCAACGAAUUGGUGUCCCCGGCAAGCAGCCAUUCACGCCUAGAACCAAUCCGAUCAUCAAGUCAAAUUAUAAUAACGUGGAAAAACCAUACGUCAACAAUUUACCAAAUGAGAUGAUCGAUUAUUCACAAGUCUUCCCGUUGUUCCCAAGGGUUCAGCCGUCGUUUUUGAGCCCCAGAAAUUUCAAAUUUAACCAGCGAAGACGGCCAAAUUUGUAUUACGGGACUGGCCAUAUGCGAAUGUUACGGCCAAUUUACGAUGCUCCAAGCCACAAUAUAACAAGUACAAUGGCUUCAUCGAAUAGUACAACGUCACCAGACGAUUUUAUUGUCGACAAAGUUGUUAAGCCAGCACUGAAAAAGAUCGCCACGGAUACUUCUCGAUCAUUUAUGGAAAUGCUGGUCGCUCAACCUGUCCGACAAAUGGAUGACUUCUUGGCGCAACGAGUGCAAGAAAUUAAGAACGCCACAAUACCAAAAUUAACCAAC